CCUCCGGUCCCUCAGUACCUUCACGGCUACCAAACCGUCUUGACAGACAAUUUAUGUAUACAAUUUAAAAUUAACUUCAUAACCUUCAAUUAAAGUUCAAAGUUGUGCGUGCGUGUUUUUCUACCGAACUUUUUAUCAAGUGUUGGUUAGUUGAGGCGAGACCUCCAGACGGAGUGUACGAUGGCGAAGUUGCUCUGUGUGUGUUUGUUUAUGUGUGUGCAAAUAGUGUUUUGUCAGUUUGGGUUCUUCCCAUCGCGAGACAACCGAGGGUUCAGCCAAAGUCUUCUAGACCCUUCCAGAAUAAGGCACAGGAUCCAGAAUAUUCUACAUAUCCAGCCUCAGAACUCCAACAACAAUCCGCCCUAUGGCAAUCCCACAGACGAAUACGGCAGACCCAUAUAUGACUACAGCCGACCAAAUUACGAUUAUGGCAGACCAAAUUACGAAUACAGUAGACCGAAUCAAUUUGGGAUACCUAACCAGAAUCAAUAUUAUGAUGAAAACCAAUAUGGCUUCCAGAAUCCAGUAAAUCAAAACAAUUUCCAAUAUCCGCAAAGUCCAACUGGCUUUAAUACUCCACCGCCACAAGGCGAAUCUAUAAAUACUAAUGGCAAUAGUUUCCAGAAUCCACCCAGUCAAAAUGGGUUCCAAAAUCCGCCUAGCCAAAAUGGUUUACCUUAUUCCAGUCAAGUUGGCUUUCCUACUGCAACAAAGAAUGAAUUCCCUAAUACCAAUGAAAACGGCUUUCAAAAUCCACCAAAUCAAAAUGGGUUCCAAAAUCCGCCAAGCCAAAAUGGUUUCCCUGAUUCCAGUCAAGUUGGAUUUCCUACUGCACCACCAAAGAAUGAAUUCCCUAAUACCAAUGAAAACGGGUUUCAAAGUCUACCAAGUCAAAAUGGAUUCCAAAAUCCGCCAAGCCCGAAUGAUUUCCCUGAUUCCGGUCAAGCUGGAUUUCCUACUGGACCAAAGAACGAACUCCCUAAUACCAAUGAAAACGGCUUUCUAAAUCCACCAACUCAAAAUGGAUUCCAAAAUCCACCGAGCCAGAAUGGUUUCCCUGAUUCCAGUCAGGUUGGAUUUCCUACUGCACCACCAAAGAAUGAAUUCCCUAAUACCAAUGAAAAUGGUUUUCAAAGUCCACCAAGUCAAAAUGGAUUCCAAGACCAGCCAAGCCAAAGUAGUCCUCAAAAUGAGCCCAACCCAGUUGGUUUCCCUGAUAGAAGCGGGUUUGAAGAUAGUCCAAAGAGUGAUAUAAAUUUAAACGCACCCAAAGAAGCCAAACAAAAUGAAGACACUCUUAUUGUGAUACCUGGGAACACGGUGCCAAAUGAAGAUGCUUUUGUCUUUAAUGGGCCUAGUAACGCUGUAGCAUUCCCUGAUUCACAGAAGGAUAAAACUCCUGCUUUUACUGAAGCUACAGAGCAAACUCCUAAAGUUACUGAAGAAUCUUCAACUACUGAAUCUACUACAGCAUCGGUAAAAACAACACUGCCACCCUUGACUCCAGUGUCAGCGGACUCAAGAAACAAUUUCAACUUUGGACCGAGCGGCAUCUUCCAGGAAACCUGUACAACCGUAGACAAUGAGGUGGGCAGCUGUAUCUCAGUCACUGAUUGCCAACCCUACUUGAAGCUGAUUCAGGAGUCGAGGAGCAACCCUAAUGCGUUGCGGCUGUUACGUCAAGCGCAUUGUGGCUUCCAGGGAAAUAAUCCCAAGGUCUGUUGCCCUCGCCCCGGCAUACCAACCGGUCCACCCCCUCUUCCCUCCACCGAGCCUACUCCAGCGCCCACCCCGCCGACAGAGCCUACUCCGAGCCCAGCGCCUAAAGAACUGGAGCCGCAGUUAGAAGCAGUGACGUUACCAGAGGCCCCGGUGUGUGGAGUCAGCAAUGCGUCUUUCAGCAGGGUUGUUGGAGGCAUUCCUGCUAAGUUGGGUGACUUCCCCUGGAUGGCGCUGCUGGGCUACAAGGAGCGGCGCGCAGGAGCCGGCGCACGCUGGCUCUGCGGAGGAUCGCUCAUAUCUGCCCGCCACGUUUUAACGGCUGCCCAUUGCAUACAUACCAGGGAAAAUGAUCUCUACCUUGUCCGCCUGGGAGAGCUGGACCUCGCCCGUGACGAUGAGGGCGCGACUCCCGUGGACGUGCUCAUCAAAACCCUAGUCAAACACCAGGAGUACAGUCCCAAGUCUUUCACGAAUGACAUCGGCAUCCUCGUUCUAUCUCGCAACGUGCAGUUUACAAACUUGAUCCAGCCCAUCUGUAUCCCGCGCAGCGGCGACCUGCGCUCACGCAGCUACGAGAACUACACGCCGCUCAUUGCCGGGUGGGGUGACACGGAGUUCCGUGGUCCGUCCGCCACACACCUCCAAGUGCUACAACUGCCCGUUCUCAGCAACGACUUCUGCGCUCAAGCAUACUCAGCGUACAAGGCGCAAGUGAUUGAUCAACGCGUGCUGUGCGCCGGCUUCAAGAAGGGAGGGAAGGACGCCUGCCAGGGGGACAGUGGAGGGCCGCUCAUGCAGCCUAUUUACAACAGCGAAACGCGAACCACAUUCUUCUACCAGAUCGGCGUAGUGUCCUACGGGAAGAAAUGUGCCGAGGCGGGCUUCCCUGGCGUGUACACUAGGGUCACCAAUUUCGUGCCCUGGAUAGAAGAGACUGUGGCGAAUAAUUGAACCGAUAGGAAGUAGUAAUUAGCAACUACACUCCAUGAAUGUUUUGCGGGAUAAAUGUUUGACCAGAAAGUAAAGAGCUAUAUACAGAGAGUUGAGUAUAUAUGUAUAGUGUAUUCACAAAGGGCGGAAUGGGAUAGGCUAUUAAACUAAUAGUUAAUAGUGCGUUACUUGAUUCCAUGUAUACAACGAUCGUCCGUGAAUCGCUAAUAUCAUAAUCAAAUUGGCAGUUUAAUUCCCUGGGGUACAAAGGCUAAAAACUGCAAUAAAACUACAUUUGCCUCGGGAUAGUUUUUUUAGCACUCUGUUAUAGGGAGCGUGCAUGAACUGUAGGAGGCAGCACAGUAGCCGUCAGAUUUUUGGCGCGAGGCGUAAAUGUGAUGUUUUUUGUUCCGAUGUAGCCCACAAGAUGGCAGAACCUACUAUGCACAAGAAAACACGUGAUGUGUACAUGUGCAUGUUUAUGGUUCCGAUUCAGGCCACAAGAUGGCAGACUCUCCAACGCGCACGGUUCCUAUAGCUCUCUGUUCUUUGAUUCUAGAGUACUUAAGUAAUCUAUACCGUUUAUUCAGUUGCAGUAUAAUAAUUUAAACUUAAACUUUUAUAACAUAUACUGUCACGAAAACUAGGCGAAAUUUACGUCAAAUCUCAAAUUCAUAGGUUGUAUAUACAAUAGUUAUAAUGUUAUUAUGUUUUAUGAGUCAUACAUAGGAGUGUAUGUGUAAUAUUAUUGAACUUGCAAUUCGUAUCUUGUGAAAAGGAACUUAACAAAUUCGAUUAAGGCCAUUAUUUAAUCCAACGUUAAAAUAGAAAAGCUAUCAUAUUUUUUACUUCAUACCUAUUAAAUGUUUAUAUUGUGUCCACAAUAUAAGAUUAAAAAUUAUCUAUAUUUCUAUCCAGUAUUUUUGACUGUAAAUCAAUACAUUAUAAUUGUUUGUUAUAAUAAUAUUUAUUUAUUAGUAUAAGUAGGCAUUUAAAUUAAGCUUAUGUGUAGUAAGGUAGCUUGUGUGUAGCUUUAAUUUAGGUUUUUUUUAUGAAAUCAGGAUUUAUGUUUAUGCACUCAGUGAUAUUAAAGUUUAUUUUAUAAAUAUAA